UUGCGUCGCGCCACAGCUGUCUGCGAACACUGAGCUGCCUGGCGCCGUCUUGAUACUUUCAGAAAGAAUGCAUUCCCUGUAAAAAAAAAAAAAAAUACUGAGAGAGGGAGAGAGAGGAAAAGAGAGGGAGACUGAGAGCGGGAGACAGAGCGAGCCACGCAAUCUGACCGAGCAGUUUCUGCUCUUCAGGUCACACGCCUCCUCUUCUCCUCUCUGCUCUUGACUACCCAGGUGACCCGAGGAGGGACUCAGCCUCGGAGCCCGCUGCAGAGGAGCCUCGCUUGCAGAACUCCAGCCGUCCUCGCUAUCCCCAGCCCCCCCUCCCCCGGCGUUACAAUUUGGUCCCCCUUUUAUCGUACCUGUUUUUUGGGAUUUAUUUUUUUCUUCCUUUUCUUCUCUUGGCUAAACUACCCCCUCAAAGAUAUUUUUAAAAAUCUCAUUUGCUCACCUUUCCUUCCCACGUUUCCCCCACUGAAAACAAAUCAGUAAGCGACCCCCACUCCUCUGACGGCAGGCGCACCUGCAGAGCCUCGGAGCCCCCACCCCCUGACCUCCCAGCCCGACCGCCCUCCCUCUCCACGCGCGGGUUCCGGGCCCGGCGAGAGGGCGCGAGCGCAGCCGGGGCCAUGGAGGUGACGGCGGACCAGCCGCGCUGGGUGAGCCACCACCACCCCGCGGUCCUCAACGGACAGCACCCGGACACGCACCACCCAGGCCUGGGCCACUCCUACAUGGACCCGGCGCAGUACCCACUGCCCGAGGAGGUGGAUGUACUUUUUAACAUCGACGGUCAAGGCAACCACGUCCCGUCCUACUACGGAAACUCGGUGAGGGCCACGGUGCAGAGGUACCCUCCGACCCAUCACGGGAGCCAGGUGUGCCGCCCGCCGCUGCUGCACGGAUCCCUGCCCUGGCUGGACGGCGGCAAGGCCCUGGGCAGCCACCACACCGCCUCGCCCUGGAACCUCAGCCCCUUCUCCAAGACGUCCAUCCAUCACGGCUCCCCGGGGCCCCUCUCGGUCUAUCCCCCGGCCUCGUCUUCCUCCCUGUCGGCGGGCCACUCCAGCCCGCAUCUCUUCACCUUCCCGCCCACACCACCGAAGGACGUCUCUCCGGACCCGUCCCUGUCCACGCCGGGCUCGGCCGGCUCGGGCCGGCAGGACGAGAAGGAAUGCAUCAAGUACCAGGUGCCGCUGCCCGACAGCAUGAAGCUCGAGUCGUCGCACUCGCGGGGCAGCAUGACCACCCUGGGAGGGGCGGCGUCGUCGGCCCACCACCCCAUCACGACCUACCCGCCCUACGUCCCGGAAUACAGCUCCGGACUCUUCCCCCCCAGCAGCCUGCUGGGGGGCUCCCCCACCGGCUUCGGGUGCAAGUCGAGGCCCAAGGCGAGAUCCAGCACAGAAGGCAGGGAGUGUGUGAACUGCGGGGCGACCUCUACCCCACUGUGGCGACGAGAUGGCACCGGGCACUAUCUGUGCAACGCGUGUGGGCUGUACCACAAGAUGAAUGGACAGAACCGACCCCUCAUUAAGCCCAAGCGAAGGCUGUCGGCAGCAAGAAGGGCAGGAACGUCCUGUGCAAACUGUCAAACCACCACUACCACUCUCUGGAGAAGGAAUGCCAAUGGGGACCCUGUCUGCAACGCCUGCGGGCUCUACUACAAGCUGCACAAUAUUAACAGACCCCUGACUAUGAAGAAGGAAGGCAUCCAGACCAGAAACCGAAAAAUGUCUAGCAAAUCCAAAAAGUGCAAAAAGGUGCAUGACACGCUGGAAGACUUCCCCAAGAGCAGCUCCUUCAACCCAGCCGCCCUCUCCAGACACAUGUCCUCGCUCAGCCACAUUUCACCCUUCAGCCAUUCCAGCCACAUGCUGACCACCCCAACGCCGAUGCAUCCGCCGUCCAGCCUCUCCUUUGGACCUCACCACCCCUCUAGUAUGGUCACCGCCAUGGGUUAGAGUCUCUCUACUCGAUGCUUAAAGGUCUCCACGUGAGAGUCCCUCCAGCCCCUUCUAUGUGCAUUUUUGCAGGAGCAGUAUCAUGAAGCCGAGAACCGAUGGAUAUCUGUUUUUUUUUUGAAGGCAGAAAGCAAAAUGAUGUUUGCUACUUUUGCCAAGGAGCUCACUGUGGUGUCUGCGUUCCCAAUCACUGAAUCUGAUCCCAUUUGUGAAUAAGCCAUUCAGACUCAUCUUCCCUAUUUAACAGGGUCUCUCUAGUGCUGUGAAAAAAAAAAUGCUGAACAUUGCAUAUAACUUAUAUUGUAAGAAAUACUGUACAUUUGAAGAAGACUUUAUUGCAUCUGGGUAGCUGUAAGGAAGGCAUGAAGGACGCCAAGAAUUUUAAGGAAUAUGGGGGAAAUAAAAAGUAUGAAAAUUAAGAAGAAACUAGGUCUGAUAUCCAAAUGGAAAACUGCCAGUUUUGUUUCCUUUCACUGGCCACAGGUGUUUGAUGCAUUAAAAAAAAAAAAAAAAAAAAAAAAAAAAAAAA